ACAGAGACUUAUCUCUGCGACACUUCUCUUUGACCCUUUUCAAGAGAGGGAGAGAGAAGAAGAAAGAAUAAAGAAGGAUGACUAAACUCGACGUUCUCCGUCGCUACCUCCUCCCGUGCGUCUCACCUCCGGCGAAUCCAACCACCGCGUCGUCGCCAUCAACCGGACCAGUCUCCAAGAAACGUCUCAGCACUUCCCUCAGAGACGACAUCGACGUCCAAGACUCCGCAUCUACCUCCGCCUCUUCCUCCGAGGCCACAUCCUUCUCCGCCGCCGCCGCCGCCGACGACGACUCCGACUACCUCCCCGCCGUGACGCAGCCGCCGAGACCCUCGAAGACGAUGGUGAUUGGCACGCUUUUCGGGAGGAGAAAGGGACACGUGUGGUUCUGCGUCCAGCACGACCGUCUCUCCGCCAAACCCCUCCUCCUCCUCGAGCUAUCCAUCGCCACGAGCCAGCUCGUUCACGAGAUGGGCUCGGGUCUUGUCCGCGUGGCUCUCGAGUGUCCGACCAGACCCGAGCUGAAGUCUUGCCUACUGAGAUCCGUGCCGGUUUGGACCAUGUUCUGCAACGGGAGGAAGCUAGGGUUUGCUGUGAGGAGGAGCGCCAGCGAGGAGACGAGAGUGAUGCUGAAGAAGUUGGAGUCCAUGACC